AUGCACUCCACCUCCACCAUGAAAAUCCACGCUUCCCUCCCCGAAAAACCAAACAUCAAUCCCUGCGAUACCGCCUUCUCGCCUCCGCCAAACGACCCCCACAAAGCCCCACCACCGACCGCUUACUACCUCCUCCGCACCUUCCCAGCACGCCGUUCAACUCCACCUCCAAUCGUAGAGACUCAACUAAGUCGCUUCUGGCUCACCACGCUGGUGAUGUGGACGAGCUUUGCGGACAUCCUCCCGCCGAGCUGGUUCUGCCCCUCACAUAAGGUGCAUGUGAAGCUCAUCGAGGAGUUUGGGUUCCUGAGGAGGUACUUCUUUGCCAGUUGGGGAAUCUUGCAGGUUCUGGAUGACGCGGGGAUGAGGGGUGAGGUUGGGUCGGUGGUGGUUGCGGCGGUGGGAAGUAUUGGGCGUGCGUUAGUGAAGUUCCAGGAGGAGUGCGGGAUUGCGGACGAAGACCUGCCGGGCACGAUGAUGACAAAGAGCUUUCUGCAGAGACAGGAUGUGCAGGCGGAGAUUGAGCGGGUUGUUCCGGCGGAGGAGAGGGUGCAGGGUGCGGCGAAUCAUAAUUACUUUGUGGCUGCAGUUAAUCUGCUGAGGCAUGUGGUGGAUUGUGCGGGUUAUGAUAGGGCUGAAAAGAUGAGAGCAUUGGACCUGGGUAAAGCUGGAAAGAAUAAUGUACCUAAGCUUGACUUUAUCGUUAGGAGUCUGGCUUUAUUUGUGAUAGUGACAAACAUUAGGUUUAGAAGACUAAUCUUUACCUCGUUCAUCCUUCUCUUAGGACGAGUAAAAGUUCGUGAUGCGAAGACGCUAGGUGAUCGAUUGGUUGCUAGACGGGCCAAGAAGUUUAUGUGUGAAAUGUGUAGAAUGCAGCAUGCACUGCGCAGAAGAGAUCAUCGGAAACAAAACUCGAACCAUAAAUAUGUCAACAAGACAUGGGUGCUUGUACUGCUGGAGCUGUAUCAAGCAGCCUCCGGGUCCGUUUGGCUUCUUUAUCCGGGAAAUGCAAACGACAUGUUGUGGCUAGCUCUAGGAAUGGGGAUAUCCCCUUAUAUUCAGUUGAUUAGGUGA